UCUCUGGUAUUUUGUCACUUUCAGUUCAAGCACGUUCUGUCAAAACUCUUUUCCGUUUCCUCUUUUAUGAAACGUAGCGAAAAUGAAAGCUAAAGGAUUGUUGAAGGAAUACCAAGUAAUUGGGCGCAAAUUGCCCUCGGAGAAGGAUCCGAACCCACCAUUGUUCAAAAUGCAUAUCUUUGCGCCAGACCAGAUUGUAGCUAAAUCUCGUUUCUGGUACUUUCUGAGGCAGCUACGUAAAUUCAAAAAGGCCACCGGUGAGAUCGUUUCGGUUAAGCGUAUCAUGGAGAAAACUCCUCUCCGGGUGAAAAACUUCGGAAUCUGGUUACGCUAUGAUUCUCGCUCUGGUACGCAUAAUAUGUAUCGCGAAUAUCGUGAUCUAACCGUAGGAGGUGCUGUCACGCAAUGUUACAGCGAUAUGGCUUCACGGCACCGUGCUCGUGCUCAUUCUAUCCAGAUAAUCAAGGUGGAGGUCGUUGAAGCUUCCAAGACGCGUCGUGCCCAUAUUAAGCAGUUCCACGAUUCAAAAAUUCGUUUCCCUCUAGUUCAGCGGUACCAUCACAAGCGCUACAGGAAACUGUUCUCGUUCCGCCGACCUGAUACAUACUACAUGUAAGCCGACCGCUGAUUGUGUAUUGUUAUUGCCACUCUUUUGCUAGAGUAAAUGAUCACUGUGAGAAA